AUGUUAAAACAGGAAGAACCUCAAAAAUUGUACUUUGAAGAAAUGAAAAAUAUUAGUGAAUUUUCACUAGAAUAUACUAAUUGUUUGGCUUCUUCUUUGAUUGUAAGCAAUAAGUUUGGGUUAUUUGUUCUGAAUACUUGAGAUUAAUAAAUGUUUUAUUUAUUAUACUUAGGAAUACAAUUUAGAAGAUAUUUUUUCUAUAGAUUAUAUGAGAAGAGAAUGGAGACCAUAUUUAAUAGAUAGAAAGCCUUUUGUCUUAUUUUAUACCAAAAAAUAUGAGGUAACUAUGAAUAGGAAUUAUUACUACUGAGUGUAUAUAAUUUAUUCUAUUAAUUGGAGUUAAACUAUGACUGUUGAAUAAUUUAUUUAAAGUACUUUAUGAUAUCAAAACCAGUAAACAUAAUAGUUAACACAUUAUAUGAAUGAUUAAAUAUUAUAUUUGAAAUGAAAAAUAAAUAUGGUUUAAUUAUACAUUGUUACCUAAAUAAUAAUACUGUAGUAUGAAUAUAUUGGUAUUAUUGUGUUAAAAACUGAAAGACAUAUACAUUAUAAAAUGAAAUAAUUUUAAUAGUCUAAAAUUAAAUAAAUCACAAAUUUCAGAUUAAAUAUAAGUCAGUAACCUUAUUCUUAUUCGUGCAUUAUUAUUGAUAUAUUUAUUACAUUAUUUUUAUUUUUUUUUUUAGAUACAAUUUAAUGGAGUCACUCAAAAAAUGCAUAUUUUGAUAAAUGAAACUAUCUAAAAACUUUUAACCUACAAGAUCAAUCCAUUACAGUUAAAUAUCCUUUAAAUAGAAAUAGAUAAAAGUUUUUCAUACUUUAAAUUAAUAUUUUAAAGUUUUAAAUUUAAAUUUAAAUUAAUAGAAAAUCAAACAAUUGAAAAGUACUGUAAUGGAUCAACCCUAUACUGCACAGUACUUAAGUUCUAUAUAGAUCAAUCAUUUUAUUAGAAGUUCAAUGGACAACCAAUAUACUAUUAGACUCCAUGUACGGUGAAGAAUUAUAGUUAUUAAUUUUAAAUUAGAACUGUGCGUUAAAAUUAAGGAUAGGCCAUAUCUAACUAUUCGAAUACCUAGUUUACCUGUUUGAUAGUCCCUAAUAAAAUAAUAUAUUUUCAACACAAUUACAAAUUGCUAAUAAUAAUAUUAAAUAAUAGUUAUGUAAUAAUAAUAAAAAACAAAUUUUACAUACAAUAAAUACCUAUGUAAGAUUCAAGUAUGUGAAAUAUCUACUCACAUUACUUUAAUAAUGAUAUUCUAAAUUAAAUUAAAAUCAAUACAACAUAAGUAAAUUUAUAAGUAAAUUUGUAUAUUUUUGAGGCAAUAUAAUUUGAAAAAUAGUGUGAUAUGAUUAAUUACAGGGUACUGAAAAAGUGUAUGGUUUUGUAUUAUGUUGUAUUGAUUUUAAUUUAAUUUAGAAUAUCAUUAUUAAAGUAAUGUGAGUAGAUAUUUCACAAUUCUAAAUUAAAUUAAAAUCAAUACAACAUAAUACAAAACCAUACACUUUUUCAGUACCCUGUAAUUAAUCAUAUCACACUAUUUUUCAAAUUAUAUUGCCUCAAUAAUAUACAAAUUUACUUAUAAAUUUACUUAUGUUGUAUUGAUUUUAAUUUAAUUUAGAAUAUCAUUNUAUGAAUAUUCAAGCAAACUAAGCUGAACGUGUGCCCGCGUAUAAUUAGGUACAAAAGAGACAUUGUGGCUUAUUCCAAAUUCAAAAAUAUGUUAAUAUUUAUGAACAUACAUUUGAGUUUUAUUAUUUUUCAAAUUUAAUGUAUCUUACUGUAAUUGGAAUAGGUAUUGAUAACAAAUGUUGAUUAAUUUGUUUUUAUUUAAUGUAUCGAGGAUUCGUAUACAAUGGAAGAUUUGUCUGUAUCUUUAUUUGGACAUUUUUAAAAGAAAAAUUUGUAUAAGACAUAUUGGCCCGACUUAAUAUAUAAAAAACAGUUAGCCACUGAGACAAUUAUAGUUCCAUUAAUAUAUUUGAGAGAAUUAUAUAUAUAUAUUAGUUUUUUUAUUUCAGAUCACACUAAAUUUUAUGAAAGCAAUGUAAUUUACAAACAAAUAUUUUUCAAUCCAUCUUGAAUUUAACAAAAAAUUAUUAACUAUCCCGAUACUUAUUUGAGUGCUAUGUUUGGGUACUAAGGUUGGUCAAGUAUUUCUACAGUUUUAAAAGAGGGGUGGUCUACUGAUUUUGCAGCUGGCAUGAAAUCUUUAGCUAGGGGCAUUGGACUUUUUGAUAUUGAUAUAGAUUUGACUGAAAAAGGAAUUAAUCACAUUGAUGACAUUAUUAAAUUAAUCUUCUAAGGAAUAUAUUAUUUAUUUUAUAAUAUUUAACCAAAAAUAACUAACAUAUUUUCUUGUACUUAAAAUAUGUUAAAACAGGAAGAACCUCAAAAAUUGUACUUUGAAGAAAUGAAAAAUAUUAGUGAAUUUUCACUAGAAUAUACUAAUUGUUUGGCUUCUUCUUUGAUUGUAAGCAAUAAGUUUGGGUUAUUUGUUCUGAAUACUUGAGAUUAAUAAAUGUUUUAUUUAUUAUACUUAGGAAUACAAUUUAGAAGAUAUUUUUUCUAUAGAUUAUAUGAGAAGAGAAUGGAGACCAUAUUUAAUAGAUAGAAAGCCUUUUGUCUUAUUUUAUACCAAAAAAUAUGAG